AUGGAGAUAAUCGACUCUACAUAUGUAAUUACCUACCGUGAACUUCAGAAACUGUAUACUGAACACAGCGAGGAAGUGAACGCCAAGUAUCCCUGCUUCAUCCCGCCCUCCCUGGAACGGUACGUAGAAAGAAACAUAUCCGUGGUUUCAAAUACAAAUGGACACGUAAACCUUGACGCCAAAGAGAGGCAUCAUCAAAAUAUUCCAAUUUGUAAUUACACUCAAUUAAACUAUUAUGAAAAGUCUUUAUCGACGACAGAUAAAUCUAGAUUCGUCAAUAAAUUUCUUAGUAAAGGGAAUUUCCCUUCCCUUCGAGUGUUAAAUCUAUCAUAUCUAUAUUUGAAGAGGGCGCCUGAAAAGCUUUGUAAAGAUAGAUUUUUGGAGGAAUUCCCAGCUUUACAGUUUGUUGAUCUAAGUCACAAUCGCCUUUCUGAUAUUGAAUUCGGGACAUUUGGCGACCUAAGAGAACAGGUCAGCUUUGAUAUGGGCCACAAUAACAUCCGGGUCGUUUCUGCUACUGUACUGUCCACAUUAAGGACAAUUUAUCCUGGCGUGAUGGUAUUGCGUGGCAACCCAUUUUCAUGUAGAUGUGAUCAGAAGGACUUGUUUCAGUUCCUGAAGAAUUCAGCGGAACCUCUUGUAACACACUACCGAUACUUACUGUCGGUUAGAUGUAAAACACCGCUGAAAUACCGAGGCCGCUUAUUGGGAGAUGUACCAUUCCAUAAUGACUGUUAUUUAUCGGAUAAACACAGUAACGUUUUAAUUGUUGUUCCAGUCGUUAGUGUUACAUGCUGUGUAGCGGCAUUCAUCAUUUAUCUGGUUUAUCGUAAAUGUUUAGGAUGUUUUCAGUGCAAAAGACCGAAACAGAACCCAACAGAACCAUUAUUGGUCACAAGUGAUAACUUCCAGUAUGAUGCCUUCAUUUCGUACAGUCAAGAGGACGAGACCUUGGUGAAGAUGAUGUGCGGACGAUUGGAAGGACCGCCCUAUAACGCCAUUCUCUGUUUACAUAACCGCCAUUUUGUACCGGGUGUGUCUAUCACUGAUAACAUAUUCCAGGCGGUGGAGUCAAGCCGUCACACAGUAGUAGUGUUAUCUGAACAUUUCCUGGAGAGCCAUUGGUGUAUGACGGAGUUUAGAGAGGCGAACCGUAAAGGUAUUUUGGACAAUAAGCGCCAUCUAGUAGCAAUAGUCAUGGAGGAGUUUGACGAUCACGCGACGUCACUACCUCAAGAACUUAGCAUGUUUUUAAAGACUCACACAUACAUCCGAGUAUCGGAGUUAAAUUUUUGGGAAAAGUUGGUGAACGCUAUCAAGAAAUAUACGACAGACGAAGAUGCGAGCGGUAUCUCUAGUGUCAAAUCAAAUGCUGCAGGUAAAAAUCAUAGAAAGGCUAUAUAA